UUCUGCUGCUGCUAGCGUGACGGUUCUUCAUAAACAGCUCGUCAACCACCUCCGUAGCUUGUUAGCCAACAUAGCUGAAAGAUUCAAGCUAUUUAUACGCUUUCGGUGUAUAUUAGCUACUGUGUUUUAGACACACUUCUGUCGUAUCUAGUUUUGUUGAUGAAUCGUUACUUGAGAAAUGAGACCAAGUUGAGACGCUGGACGAGGUGGAUAAGGUAUAGUAAGACAGUUUAUUCGGAUGUAAAGAUAUCUGAGCAAAGCGUGCACGGACUCGUUCAUUUAGCUCAGAAGGAACUAGCAGAAGCGAGUCCCGAAACAUAUUGUGCAGUACAUUUUAUACAGUGAAUGACGUAGGUAGAUUCUGGUAGUUCGUGCUCCUGACUGGUCGUUGUAAGUGGAGGAUCGUCCCCUCCAGGCUGGUGUCAAUGACCCAUUGGUUCUUGGCACUGUUCUUUGUUCUUGGAAACCCAGCCUGAAACAAGGGUGUGUGUGUGUGUGUGUGUGUGUGCAUGUGCGUGUGCGUGCUCGUAUAGUGGCAUGCCUGCCUUAUCAGUGGUCAUAAAAGGUCUGAGUCAGCCAUCCUCCCCUGCGUGUGGGAGUGAGGUUAGUAUCUGUUACGGGCAGAACGUGUUUAACUGUGGGGUGUAGCAAGAUAUUUGCAACAAAGUCUGCUUUAAUAAGGAAGGCAUUAUAACAGUAUUAUAGCUAUGUGUUAAGGUCAAUGAAGACAGCAUUCAUUACAGUUGGUAACCUAUUUAAUAUUACGUUAUUUUUUAUUAGUCAGCUAUAGUAGCUGGCUGGUUUAGUUAGCACUAGCCUAGUCGCUAAUGAUAGCUAGCUAGCUAACAUCCCCGAACAUGAGGUCAGUAAGCUUCUCCCCUCCUGUUAAAGAAGAUGGGGUCUGCUGGUCGGAGAAAGAAGGUCUGGGGCUGAACAUUGUCGUGAAAGAGGAGAAGGAAGAAGAGGAUGUUACAGUAAAACAAGAAGUAGAGGGUGAGGCUGUUACAGUGAAAGAAGAAGAGAAAGACGUUUCAGUGAAAGAAGAGGAAGAUGCUUUCAGAGUGAAAGAGGAAGAGAAAGAGGAUGAUGCGGUUUUUGGAGUGAAGAAGGAAGGGGAGGAGAUGACUGUCACAUCCAAAAAGGAGGAGGAAACUGGAUAUCUGGGCCCGGUUUCCCAAACGCAUCUUAAGGCAUCCAAUGGUUCUAACAAUGAACUUAGCCGUAAGAUGGUUUUGAGAAACCGGGCCCUGAUUAACACUAGAGAGAGACGUGACUAUCGUGGAUCCUCUGGGGGGCCUCAACAACCCCAGGAUGCUGACGAGGCAGAGAAGAGUCUCUCCAUGUCAAAACACCUCAAACACCAGCAGAGACCCACAGGGAAGAAAUCUCACUGCUGCUCUGACUGUGGGAAAGGUUGCAAAUCUUCAUCAGAACUUAAAAUACACCAGAGAACACACACAGGAGAGAAAUAUUAUAGCUGUAAUCAAUGUGGGAAGAGUUUUUCUCAGUCAAGCACCCUGGUAUCACACCAGAGAACACACACAGGAGAGAAACCUUAUAGCUGUGAUCAAUGUGGGAAGAUUUUUACUACAUCUAGUGAUUUGACGGUACACCAGAGAACACAUACAGGAGAGAAAUCUUAUAGCUGUGAUCAAUGUGACCAGAGAUACUCUGAUAAAAGAUCUCUGAUUAAACAUCAGAAAAUACAUGAAGGAGUUGUUUCAUGAUAUCAAUGAAAUCAUGUCACAAUGUAGAAUGUUUUAACAUUGUAGUAGGAGUAUUUUAAUGAUGUCACAAUGUAGAAUGUUUUAACAUUGUAGUAAGGGUAUUUUAAUGAUGUCACAAUGUAGAAUCUUUUAACAUUGUAGUAGGAGUAUUUUAAUGAUGUCACAAUGUAGAACCCUAAAUGUUUGCCCACUGUUCUAUUGAUUUCAGCAUGAUAUGGAUAUUAGCCUCAGGGGGGAAAUCCAGGCUCUGAAUUGAAUGAUAUGGAUAUCAGUGGGAAAAUCGUUGUACUUUGCUCCGUUCAUCUUUCCCUCGAUCUUGACUAGUCUCCCAGUCCCUGCCACUGAAAAACAUACCCACAGCAUGAUGCUGCCACCACCAUGCUUCACCGUAGGGAUGGUGCCUGGUUUCCUCCAGACGUGACGCUUGGCAUUCAGGCCAAAUAGUUACAUUUUGGUUUCAUCAGACCAGAGAAUGUUGUUUCUCAAGGUCAGUCCUUUAUGUGCCUUUUGGCAAACACCAAGCAGGCUGUCAUGUGCCUUUUACUGAGGAGUGGCUUCCCCAUGGCCACUCGAUCAUAAAGGCCUGAUUGGUGGAGUGCUGUAUAGAUGGUUGUCCUUGUGGAAGGUUCUCCCAUCUCCACAGAGGAACUCUGGAGCUCUGUCAUAGUGACCAGCAGGUUCUUGGUCACAUCCUUGAACAAGGCCCUUCUCCCCUGAUUGCUCUGUUUGAAGAGUCUUGGUGGUUCCAAACCUCUUCCAUUUAAGAAUGAUGAAGGCCACUGGGUUCUUGGGGACCUUCAAUGCUGCAGACAUUUUUUUGGUACCCUUCCCCUGAUCUGUGCCUCGACACAAUCCUGUCUCAGAGCUCUACGGACAAUUCCUUCGACCUCAUGGCUUGGUUUUUGCUCUUACAUGCACUGUCAACUGUGGGACCUUAUAUAGACAGGUGUGUGCCUUUCCAAAUCAUGUCCAAUUAAUUGAAUUUACCACAGGUGGACUCCAAUCAAGUUGUAGAAAUAUCUCAAGGAAGAUCAGUGGAAUCAGGAUGCAUCUGAGCUCAAUUUUGAGUCUCAUAGCAAAGGUCUGAAUACUUAAGUUAAUAA